AUGUCGGCCCAAGGUUUCCAGGCGUAUGCCCAUCUCCUGGAUGCACGUCUUCUACGUGCACUUGCGGAGCUGCAGUAUAGCCAACCUACGCCUGUCCAGCGCGAAACACUGGAGCACAGCUUGAAUGGCGACGCUCGUGAUAUCUUAGCGCGUGCUCGCACAGGCAGUGGCAAGACGUUGGCCUAUGGCCUGCCAAUCCUUCAAAAGAUCCUCGCGGAAAAAAGCCACAUGGCACGCUCUAGCCCAAGCUAUGCCGGCACACGUGCCUUGGUUCUCGUGCCUACUCGUGAGCUGGCCGAACAAGCGAACAAGCAGCUCUCUGCUGUCCUGACCUACUGCCGCGAUAUCGUCCAUGUGGCCAACAUGGCACGAUCGGUGAGCGAGUCUGUUCAAAAGCUUUUGCUGUCCGAAAAGCCCGAUGUGGUGAUUGCGACGCCAUCGCGUGCUCUAGCAUGCUUGCAAGCCGGUGAUCUAGUUCUGCAAGACUCGCUGCAGUCGCUGGUCAUUGACGAAGCCGACUUGAUCUUGUCGUAUGGCCACGAUAGCGACGUACAGGCCAUUGUUCGCGAGGGCUUCCUUUCGCGCACGCACCAAACGUUCCUUAUGAGCGCGACUCUUGGCGAGGACACAGAUGCGCUGCGUGGAUUGCUGCUCAAGAACCCUGUGGUACUCAAACUCGAAAACGAUACAUCCCUGGCUGCCAACUUGAUGCAGUACUAUGUUGAAACGGCCGAAGACGACAAGUUCUUGCUCGUCUACGUCAUUCUCAAACUCCGCCUGAUUCGCGGCAAGUGCUUGUUGUUCGUCAACGAUAUUGAUCGAUGCUACCGUCUUAAGCUGUUCCUGGAACAGUUUGGACUUCGUACCUGUGUCCUCAACGAAGAGUUGCCCGUCAACAGCCGCUUUCACAUUGUGGAAGAGUUUAACAAGGGCAAGUAUGACUAUAUUAUCGCUACCGAUGUCAACGCAGCGGAGGCAGAUGAACCGCCUACGUCCAAGUCGGCGACGGCGGCAACGAGCAGCAGAGAGUACGGCGUGUCGCGUGGCAUUGAUUUUGUCGCUGUGGCCUGUGUUAUCAACUUUGACCUGCCUACGUCUACACGCGCCUAUACCCAUCGCAUCGGCCGUACUGCGCGUGCUGGCAACACGGGCACAGCGUUGAGCUUUGUCGUCCCGAAAUCCGAAUUUGGAAAGAAGAAAUACCUGUGCUGCCCAACGUGCAAGCACGACAUGGAGGUCUGGCGUCGCAUUGAACAGGACCAGCGUGAGAAGGGCCACGUUGGUGCCUCAGGUAUUCAGCUCUGGCGCUAUGAUCAGGCGCAAGUCGACGCAUUCCGCUACCGCAUGGACGAUGCCCUUCGUAGUGUGACCAAGGCGGCGAUCAAGGAGGCUCGAAUCCAGGAAAUCAAGCGUGAAAUUUUGAACAGCAAAGCUCUUAAAGCGCACUUUGAAGAAAACCCACGCGAUCUCGACUAUCUACGCCACGAUCGUGCUCUGCAUCCGGCGCGUGUGCAACCGCAUAUGAAGCAUGUCCCCUCGUACCUUCGGCCCCGCAUUGCAUCGAUUCCGGGUGCCACAGGGAAUGAGCCCUCUGUGGGGUACGUGCCCAAGUCCAAGGUGCCUUCAAAGCGUCAGAACAGCCACAAGGACCGUGGCAAAGACCGCAAGGCGCAGGGCCGUAAGAAGAGCGAUCCCCUCAAGACCUUUUCGUAG